AUGCUUUGCAAGGCAAUGCCACGUAAGAACAAUGAAUAUUAUGCUGUUCUUACUGGACGAAUUGAUGAGCCGACAAUAUUCUCAUCGUGGGGCGAUGCACACCCUCGCGUGACUGGAUGCAGGUCAGACCACGAGGCCUUUGAAAAUCUUCUAGAAGCACAAAAUUUCAUGGAGAAAAAUGGAGUCAAGCAGCCUAAACUAGUAAUCAAGGAAGGGGCCGGAGAAACUACACCAUUACUAGGGAAGGAAGCCUUUUACGCAGUUGCCAAUGGUAGAAACCCGGGAAUUUACCCCUACUAUCAUGGGAAAACGAAGCCAGAGGUUGAUCGAUUCGAUGGUGCUUGUCAUAAGCACUUUAGAACACAUUCCCAGGCAGAAGCUUUUAUUGAAGAUUGGAAAAAUUCCUAUGCUGACGUUUGCCGGAGAGAGAUAAAAGCAAAGCUAGAUCAAGGAUUCAGGCCGCCAAAUAUGAAACUGAGGUUCGAUAUCUUGCAAGCAAAUGCCGAAUACGAUAUAAGCGAAGAUAUUACAAAGAUGACCGAGAAGCUGAUGGUGAAGAGUGAAUAG